UCUCGCCUGUUUGGCGCUUCCCUUCCUCUCCAGCCAGCCAUGAGCUCCACGCAGUUCAACAAGGGACCCUCAUACGGGCUUUCCGCCGAGGUCAAGAAUCGGCUCCUAUCCAAAUAUGACCCUCAGAAGGAGGCUGAACUCAGGAGCUGGAUUGAGGGGCUCACUGGCCUGUCCAUUGGCCCUGAUUUCCAGAAGGGCUUGAAGGAUGGGAUUAUCUUAUGCACACUCAUGAACAAGCUGCAGCCAGGCUCAGUCCCCAAGAUCAACCGCUCCAUGCAGAAUUGGCACCAGCUAGAAAACCUCUCCAACUUCAUCAAGGCCAUGGUUGGCUAUGGCAUGAACCCUGUGGACCUGUUUGAGGCCAACGACUUGUUUGAGAGUGGGAACAUGACACAGGUGCAGGUGUCUCUUCUGGCCCUAGCUGGGAAGGCCAAGACAAAGGGGCUACAGACUGGCGUGGACAUUGGUGUCAAGUACUCAGAGAAGCAGGAGCGGAACUUUGAUGAUGCCACCAUGAAGGCAGGACAGUGUGUCAUCGGGCUGCAGAUGGGCACCAACAAAUGUGCCAGCCAGUCGGGCAUGACAGCAUAUGGCACAAGAAGGCAUCUCUACGAUCCAAAGAAUCAUAUCCUGCCCCCCAUGGACCAUUCAACCAUCAGCCUGCAGAUGGGCACAAACAAGUGUGCCAGCCAGGUGGGCAUGACAGCUCCUGGGACCCGGAGGCACAUCUAUGAUACCAAGCUAGGGACUGACAAGUGUGACAACUCCUCCAUGUCCCUGCAGAUGGGCUAUACGCAGGGUGCCAACCAGAGCGGCCAAGUCUUCGGCCUGGGCCGGCAGAUAUAUGAUCCCAAGUACUGCCCACAAGGUCCAGCUGCCGAUGGAGCUCCACUGGAUGCUGACAAUUGUCUAGGUUCAGGGGAAGGCCCAGAGUAUCCCCCCUGCUACCAGGAGGAGGCCAGCUACUGAGGCACCCAUACAUGCUGUCUCCCCACAUCAUCAUCUUAUCUGGGUUUUGGAGUUUU